CUUUAUCUGGAGUCGGUCUCUUUGGCUCAGCUGGAAAGGCUUCAUCUCAUCCUCCGUGAUCAUCUGAAGGGUCUCAGUCUGGAGGAGAGUCUCGCCGCCGCCGAGGACCUGAAUAAACUGAGCGAUGAAGAGCUGAACCGCAGGAAGGCCCAGAUGGACCAGCUGUUCGAGCGCAACCGCAAACACAAAGAGGAUCCGGACUUUGUGUAUGAUCUAGUUUCCAGAGAACAGCGUGCCAGAGACGUGCAGCUGGGA